GACAAAUAUGUAUUUUUUAUAAUCCCUUUUACAUGUUUUGAUAUUUUUUUUUAUUUUUACACAUUUUAUAUUUUUAUUUACAUUUUUACAAAUAAAAUAUUGUUGAACCGAUGAAACUAAUUGGAAACAAUAUCAUUCUAUCAAUACCGGCCAGCAGAUACGUGAUGAGCAAUGUGUCGCACAGUGCAUGCGGUGCUGUCAACUGUAAUAUGCGGCAUACAAAUGUUAGUGAGGGUCUUCAUGACCCUCAUACUUAUGAUAGAAAACGUCAUAAGAAUGCUUCUACAAACAUUGUAUAAUUUUAUAUCAUUCGUGUUACAAAUGGUGUCAUUAAUACCUAUUUGCCUAGUGUUCCUGCUGACGUCCAGGCUUAAAUGUCUAUUUUGUGGCGGAGGCGGGGCAUGUCCCGGCAACAGAGGCGGCGCUGCUGAUUGCGUUAUGUCAUUUUUGGCUAUUCUUAUCAUAUUCUUUAUAUUCAGAGCUACCGGUGUCCUUGAUAAGAUAUUCUACAGUCUAGGCUAUACGAAAUAUGGAGCUACAACUUUAGCUAGGACAGUAACAGCUGAUGUUAGAUUUAUACCAACACCGGGAGAAAUCACUGAGUGCUCGAGGAACGACACUGAUGGGCCCGAAAAAGAGCUACGAGAAUUUAUUGAUAGGUUUGGCACUCGCCCCUUACCGGAGACAAUGACUUGGACAGAACCAGACACGAUGUCAACAUAUCUCUUACGGGAAACUAGCUAUAAUAAUUUUACUACAGUAAUGUAUUACUUGGUGUAACAAUACAAUUGGUACAACUUA